UAAAAGUGAUAACAACGGCAAUGCCAGUAUUUAAAACCGUUGUGUUGUAGAAUAUUUUAUCUUUCAGUCAUAUUUCAACAAGAAAGUCACGUUCACAGAGUCUGGAAAAAAAUUGCUGGAAAAAAUGAGCUUAAACUGGGUUUCGUCAAAUUCACACUCUGGCAUUCCAAUGGAUGCUGUAGUUGCUGGUCAUGAUGUCGAUGGGGCAACAAUCUAUGUGGGUCGUGCAUUCCAUGAAGGUGAUAUGGUCCCAGCUAAAGUAAUUCCCUCAAAGAACGUUGCCUACAUUCCAUAUAAUUGCGCUGAAAUUCCAAAAUAUGAUUAUCAAGUUUUAGUCGGAAGUGGAUUUUCGUGGGUUACAUCAAGCAGUGGCCAUGUUCCAGCCGAAGCAGUUUGUGCUGGCAAUCAAAGCAACGGUGAACCGUUAUAUGUAGGAAGAGCUCAUGUUGAAGGCUCCUUGUCAACUGGAAAAAUUCAUCCGUCACACAAUUGUAUCUAUGUACCUUUCAAUGGUGCCGAGCACAGUGUAUCUGUGUAUGAAGUGCUUGUUGCACAAAAACGAUGCACUUGGGUCCCAAGUACACUCCAUUCACCACUACCAGAGGGUGCACUUUUAGCUGGUCAUGACCAAGACGGAUCUCCAAUGUACAUUGGUCGUGCAUUCCAUGAAGGAGACCAAAUCCCAGCUAAGGUCAUACCGAGCAAGAAUGCCACUUACAUCUGUUAUGGCGGGCACGAGAUUCUAAAAGAUUCGUUCGAUGUUUUAUGCCAUGGAAACAUUUCAUGGGUCCAACAAAAUCCAAUGACACGAAAUGAAGUGCCGUUCGCUGUAGUAGCUGGCCACACAUCUUCUGGAGAACCUUUGUAUAUUGGUCGUGCACAUCAUGAAGGUAGUCUUACUGUUGGUAAAGUUCAGAAAUCACAUGGGGCGCUCUACAUCCCAUUCGGCGGGGCAGAGGUUCCGAUUCAUUCAGAAAUCGAAAUUUUAGUUGAAAACUAACUCCAUUUGCAAAAAAUAAUAAUUUGAUGACUUUUUGCUUAAAUUCUUGCAUUUAACUUUAAAAAACUUGUCUAAAGUUUAACGCCAGAAUGAACAAAUUGAAAAUUUAAAAAUAAAUUUGAUAUAAUAUCAGAA